ACAUACCAUCUGUGAACGUCAGCGACAGCACACAAACUAUAUUUAAUAUAGUUAGUUAUGAUGAUAACACGAUUGUCAUCCAUAUAAUUCGUCCAGAUUCAACAUACCCUAUUGAAAAUGGUAUACUUUGGGUUGAUAAAUAUUUGUCACUUCGAACGAUUUAUCCCGAUGGAAGCGUUGUACCUGUUGAUAUUAAAUUGGAUAUACAAGACUUUAACUUUUGUAUCUUGGAUAUUAACGGAAAUCAGGCGAGUCCCAUUAGAAUUUAUCCUAUAAGGAGCAAUUUUCUGAUAGUGACUUAUGCGGAAACCACGAAUUUAACUGAUCCAUUAAGUUAUACUGAUUGUGCAAUGGUUGUUGACUUAAAUGGAAAUAUUUACAGUAAUAUUACAUUUGGUCCGAGUUUUGUUGAUGUUGCUACGAAUCGAUGGAUCCCUGACCGAGCUAACAUUAUUGCCAACUUUGAUCCCGACAAAAAAUUUACCCGUUUCACACCUUUAACAAGUUCUACUUAG